AAGGGAUGGAUAAGUUUCUUUAUUGGUUACGAAAUUCUUUCUCGACCUCCAUGACUGACCCAGACCCAUUAUCACUCUUCACGGAAGACUUUUCGUCCGGACAUGGCAUCUUUCAUUUGCUCUCUCUCUCUCUAACAAUACAGGCACUCUCUCUCUCUAGAGGCUGUCCCACUGGGUCUCAUUUUUCAAUUCAAAUGCCGCCUUCACACUCGCCUCGAACUUAAUGUUGUCUCAAUCAUAUAUCCGUGUGUAUAAAAUUUUCUAUGGGCUCUUUUUCCAUUUGGUUGGUGAGCUGACGUUCCUUUUGGAUUGUGAAAAUAUCCUUCUCUUUUUGCCUUUGAGGUCUCUUUUGGCUAACUGGGUUUUUCUCACAACUCCCCAAUAAUUGGGAUUUUAUAAGCUGUGGAUGUUAAACAUCCAGAUUUAAGCAAUCCGAUUGAGAAGCUUAGAGUGAGGGUUUGUAAUUUAUUGGAGGCUAUGAAGUGUUUUCAGUUCUCCAACGGAGAAAAGAAGGAUGAACUGAAGCACACAAAGUCUAGAUCGGUUCAGUCCUUCAAUUCUACUGAACUUGAAAUGAGGAAAUCUGGGUCUGAAUUUAAUUCACAGAAUAUCUCAGACACUAGCAUAGAGUCCACCGGCAGGAGUCAGUUUCCGAGUUUGUCUCAGAGGCCAAGUAAUCUCAGAGUGUUUACAUUUUCGGAGCUGAAGACGGCCACAAAGAACUUCAGCCGGACUACCAAACUUGGAGAGGGUGGUUUUGGGUGUGUGUAUAAGGGUGUGGUCAAGUGUUCCGAAGAUCCGCUUCAGAAACUUGAUGUUGCGGUGAAACAAUUAAGUAGAAGAGGCUUGCAGGGGCACAAGGAGUGGGCGACAGAAGUGGAUGUUCUUGGGGUGGUUGAGCAUCCAAAUCUUGUCAAACUACUAGGCUACUGCACGGAGGACGACGAAAGAGGAAUCCAGCGGCUUCUGAUUUAUGAAUACAUGCCUAACGGAAGUGUGGAGGACCAUUUAUCUACUCGAUCAGAGACAUCUCUUUCAUGGGCCAUGAGACUCAAAAUAGCGCAAGAUGCUGCUCGUGGCUUAGCAUAUCUCCAUGAAGGAAUGGAUUUUCAGAUCAUCUUUAGAGAUUUCAAAUCUUCAAACAUUCUCCUAGAUGAGCAAUGGAAUUCGAAGCUAUCAGACUUUGGAUUGGCUAGAUUGGGCCCUCCGGAAGGACAGACCCAUGUCUCAACCGCAGUUGUGGGAACCUUGGGAUAUGCAGCUCCUGAAUACAUCCAAACCGGACGUCUCACAUACAAGAAUGAUGUAUGGAGCUACGGAGUCUUCCUUUAUGAACUCAUAACCGGUAGGCGCCCCUUGGACAAAAACCGCCCAAAGAGUGAGCAGAAACUUUUGGAAUGGGUAAAGCCAUAUCUAUCGGACAGGAAGAAGUUUCAGAUGAUAUUGGACCCAAGGCUUGAAGGUAAAUAUUCCCUCAAGUCAGCUCAAAAGCUAGCGAUUGUUGCCAACCGGUGCCUGGUCAGAUAUCCUAAGUCACGCCCAAAUAUGAGUGAAGUGCUGGAAAUGGUGAAUCAGAUUAUGGAUCCAUCAACGGAGAGGGGAAGUCCUCAGCCACCAGUAAGGAGUUUGGUGCCAGUGGAAAGUUCAUUGGAAACCAAAACACAAGGCAAGAGAAGUCUCAUGGAUAUAAAGAUUGGAGAAAGCAGUUGGCUUGUACGUAUGUGGUCAUCAAAGCUUGCAAGGACAUGCUGAUUGCAGUGACUAUGAACAAAAAUUGUCUUGAUGAGAUUUUUGGGUAAUUGGAGAAAGCUUGAAUAGCAAUUCUAACGAACUUUUAUAUGGUCGCAAUAAAUGGCGUACAAAAUAGUGCCAUCAUACCAACAAGUAUAUAUAUAGAACCACUCUUUUAUCCUAUUUGCUGUGUUGUGUAAAAUUUUGCUGUGGAUACUUUUGAGGCGCUGAGGCAAAUAAAAGGAUUGUAAAGUGGAGAAUCGGAGGAAGUAGAUGGUUGGUUAUGUGGGCACGAAAGAGAUGCUGAUUCUCUAACUGAGAGCAAAUGGCAGGUAGGUACAUUCUUCAUGGUGUGCAACGAAGCUUUCGUACAGGUAUGAAGGAUGUGUCUCUGAGUACUCACAAGCAACAUUAUUACAUUUCUUUAUUGUUCAAUUAUAGAGUCAGCCAGAAUGGUUUCCUCUCUCUCUGUCUCCUUGAUUCAUGUAAGAUACUAGUUGCAAUGCAAAACCUCAAUGAUUAGUGUACCUGAUGAUUUUUAAACUCUUAAUGUAGUGGAUAUGCAUUGUACUUUUAGACUGUUUUA